UUCUAUCGGAACUCUGCUGUGCUUCUCCACGCUCGCACCUGAGCUGACUGUAGUUGUUUUACUUUCUCUAUUUACAGUAGCGGACAAAAGCUAUCAAAAUAAGAAGACCUUCCACGUUUGCCUUUAUUACGAUCAAAAUGAAGAAACGUGGAAUAAAGCGCUCGAAUACUGAGUGGUAGAAGAAGCCAAGGACCGAAGCAACCUGUCUUUAAACCCACAUCAAGUGUCUGUGGGAGCAGAGGUCUAAUGGCAAAGUGGCUCAAAGACUAUCUGAGUUUUGGGAGCAGGAGGAUGCCUCCUCAACCACCCAAACCAGACUACACAGAGAGUGAGAUUCUGAAAGCCUAUCGGGCUCAGAAGAACCUAGACUUUGAGGACCCGUACGAGAACUCUGAGAACCGGGACAGAAACGACUCUGGGUCAUCAGACUCUUCCCUUGCUGCCUUUGGUUCUCCUCUGAAGUCUGCCAGCCUGGAUAUGAAGGUUGUAUCUCCCAAACACCGCCUCAUCAAGGUGGACUCACAGGAGCUGGGGCGAACUAAGAUUUUACUGAGUGCCGUCUCCUUAGAGGAACAAGAGCCUGUAGUUCCAUCAGCCCCAGCAGUAGGGGACACAGAUUACUCUGAUCCGUUUGAUGCUCACCCAAACCCCUGGCCAGAGCCUGAUCUGGGACACGUUCCCUGUGAGAACAACGGCUACAUGGAGCCUUACGAGGCCCAACGUGUCAUCACAGAGUUGCAGCGUGGCCCUGGGGCAGCCCUUGCACGGGGCGAGGUGCAGCUCUACGACACCCCCUAUGAGGAUGAAUGCGGGCGGCCGCUGGGGGUGGGGCUGGGGUACGGCGACCUCCUGGAGGAGGGCAGGGAGAGCCGGCUGCCGCAGGAUGACGAGCGGCCAGCAGAUGAAUACGAUCAGCCCUGGGAGUGGAAGAAAGACAACAUCUCUAAAGCCUUCGCAGUACAGUUUGAUGGUGCCGAGUGGGACCGGUCCUCGUCCCCCACGGAGCGCCUGCGUCCUCCCAGGUCCAGUCCCCUAGCAGGAGGGGCUAUGAAGUUACGGAUGCCCUGCUCUGACCCCCACAACAUGAUGGGGGAGAGAGUAGACCCCACCCUGCCCCUGGAGAAACAAGUGUGGUACCACGGAGCCCUAUCACGUUCAGAGGCGGAGUCUCUUCUGACCCUGUGUAAGGAGUGUAGCUACCUGGUGAGGAACAGCCAGACCAGCCGCAACGACUACUCCCUCUCACUACGGAGCUGCCAAGGCUUCAUGCACAUGAAGUUCAGCCAGUGUAAGGAUGGGAAGUACGUCCUGGGGCAGAACAGCCUGCCAUUCGACACCAUCCCAGAGGUCAUCCACUUCUACACCACACACAAGCUACCAAUCAGAGGAGCUGAACACUUGUCUCUGCUCUUCCCUGUGCUCGUACAGACCCUCUGAUUGGCAGGGACUCUGUUCCUGGUAUCCUAGGUCACAUUGUGAUUGGACACUGACUUUAGAUUGGGUAAAUCCCUUCGUUAUUCAAGUCAAUCAGGCUGCCAGUGCUCUAGUUGGACUGGACUAUUUUGUUGAGGAUUCAGCAUCUGCUGGCUUGUCAGUACAGUACCUUCACGGACCUUCUUGUUUCCAUGAUGCCAACUCUCUCUGAUUUGGGAACAUAUUCACGUAAAAUGCCUGGACUAUACCGGCGCCUUCGGUACCUGGGAUGCUAUCUGGAUUACCUGUUGCAGAAUGAGCCUCUCACUGAGCUAGUAUUGCUCCACUGGUUGACAGUCUCAAGGAAAACUUGGUUGUACUCACACACACCUCUGUUGAUUUGAUACUUUCUGUACUGUUGAGUAAAUCCUAUCAUGUUGACAAAUUGGAAGUCAAACCUGCAUCACUGUAUGGCUGUUGUAGCAGCAGCUGUAGAGCUGUGUCUAAUUUGUACUACUGUUUCCAUGUGUUUGUCAUAAUGAUCUGUAUGUCUGGACACCUUCACUGCCUGGUUGCAGUGCUCUGUAGUUGACCAGCACCAUUUUCAGUAGAGAGCCAAAGGUUUAUAUGGCCACAUAAAUGGACAAAUCACAAUGAUAAUGGGUGUUAUGUUUUAAUGAUCAUUCUUAUUACCUGGAUAUUCAUACUGUAAUCAGUAUGAUUUCUCUGAUAUAUAAUUAUGGAUAGGACAUGUUUUCUCAUUUACCUGCUGUGUUCAAACAUUUCACCUGUGGUAAAAACAAUAAAUGGUAUCUUAAAGAGCA